ACACCCCAGGACCCUGUUUCCAGGAGCACGAAGCUAGACACAUCCCCCGUUGGAGGAAAGCUGGCCAGCUUUGGAAUCUCUGUUGGAAGAGAUGGCGAUGAGCCCAGGUCCUUUGUUCUUGGUCUUCCUGUUGGGUCUGGUUGUGAUCCCUCCCACUCUGUCUCAGGAUGACUCCAGGUACACAAAAUUCCUGACUCAGCACUAUGAUGCCAAGCCAAAAGGCCGGGACGACAGAUACUGCGAAAGUAUGAUGGUGAAAAGAAAGCUAACCUCUUUCUGCAAAGAUGUCAACACCUUUAUCCAUGACACCAAGAACAACAUCAAGGCCAUCUGUGGAAAGAAAGGAAGCCCUUAUGGACGAAAUUUAAGAAUAAGCAAGUCUCACUUCCAGGUCACCACUUGCACACACAAAGGAAGGUCUCCCCGGCCUCCAUGCAGGUACCGAGCCUCUAAAGGGUUCAGAUAUAUUAUUAUUGGCUGUGAGAAUGGCUGGCCUGUCCACUUUGAUGAGUCUUUUAUCAGUCCAUAGACAGCAGACCCCUGGCACAGGCCUAGCUCUCUUUUCUUUUUAUCUCCCCUCACAGCCAAAAUCACUGUUUUAACGUUCACUGUCACGAGCCAGAAAAUGAAUUAUCUGAAAUAUACUUCUCCUGAUUUAUAAUGCACAAAAAUAAAGAUAUCUCAAAAACCA